ACAGGAAGCAACAUGCAGAUGUAAAGGCAAGCAACGCAACCACUUGCCACCUACUAUUGCCCGCUACCCUUUGCGAUACCAGGCGCCCCAGUUGCACACAUCGCCGUCAAAGAUCAGUAUUUAAAAACACUGACAUCAGGUCAUCAUGAGUUCACAGAAACUAAAGUUCUACUUCUGCCCAGCCAGCGCCCCGUGUCGGGCGGUGCAUAUGGUCGCUAAGGCUGUGGGUGCCGACUUUGAUAUCAAGAACGUAGAUAUCAUGAAGGGGGAACACCGUACCCCCGAAUAUGCUGCUAUUAACCCAAUGAAGACUGUGCCUACUAUGGUGGAUGGUGAUUUCAUUUUAUGGGAAGGGCGGGCCAUCUCGCAGUAUUUGGUACAGAAGUAUGGAAAGGAGAAUCAACUUUAUUCAGUAGAUCUGAAGAAAAGAGCUUUAGUGAACCGCAUGCUAUACUGGGAUGCUACAGGUCUCUACCAAGCUGUUUACAAUUAUGUGAUGCCACAAGUGUUGAAGAGACUGCCACCCAGUGAGGAGGCAGCAGAGGCACUGCGAAAGCAGGUGAAAUACCUCAACUCCGAGCUGCAAGCACGAAAAUACGCUGCUGGCGAUCACGUGACCAUCGCUGACCUUCACAUACUGGCUUCACUUACGCACGUCUCUUUGGUCAGCUUUGACAUAGGUUCGUGCGAGGCCCCUAAGGUAGAGGCUUACGUGGCACGCCUUAAGACCGAACUGGCUUACUUCGACCAGUGCAACGGAGGUUUGUACCAGAUGUGCGAGAUGAUGAAGAAAAUGAUGUCCGGCCAGUAACAGCGUAGAACUUUGUUUGUUACAAUUGUUCAACCCGGCUCAGCUGAAGGGCUUGCGUAGCAGGCUUGAAUGGCGAUAACGUAACGUAUGCAGUGACACUUGGUUUGUGUUCAUGGGUUGGUGUUAGCAUCGUUUCCUGUUAGUUGUAUGUCUGAGACCUGUUUUGUUUCUGCAGCCAUAUGCUUGACAUCGAUGCCGAUGUAUACACCGGCGAUAUUACGCGUAAUAAUAAUUAUUCCAUGUCUGUGGCAGUGCACAACCAUAGAUAUUGACUAGAGAUAUAAUAUAUAAGACUAUGAUAGGGCAGACUUGAAUAUAUCUAGGGCACGACUACAAAUGCUUACACAUUAUUGUGUCACGGACGAAUUAUGCGUUGUUAUUUCUAUGCAAUUGUUAAGAAAGGUAGUUGUGGUGGCGUGAAGAUAUCGGUACACAAGCAUGAAAGACCUCCAAUUAUAAACUCUGCGCAUUCUCUCGCGUAUGUGGUGUAGAUUAGCAUGUCUCAUUGUACUUCCCCAGCCCUACGCACUGCACCCUUCUAUAACAAGGGCGGUUAGCAUGUCGCCAUGUCCCUUUGCAGCCCUAUACUCAUUCCGUCCCGUUAUAAUAUGGGUAGUACUUGGGGUGUCACCCUGUCGUUCUCAUGUCUUACGCAUUAAAUCGCGUUACCAUAUUGUGUCAGAGAUUAUUUAAGAUGAUUUGAUAACUAUUAUGUUUGCACUCUUCAAUACCAUUACUAUAUUAAAGACAAUAUACCCACGAUUAUUUAGAGUUUUCAUUGAGCAGUCUUUGCACUUCACGCUUACUCUGACAUAUGAAACAUAUACGCAAUACACGUCGACAGAAAAACUGUCGAAAACAAAUGCUAAAAAUGACACAGAAAUCGCAUAGUAACACACAGCGGCAAUGGAUGAUACAAGUUUACUCUUAAAAGUUGAAUCCAUGCAGGAAGUGGAAACUAUAGAAUAUUAACGUGAAUAUGAGCGGAUCUGUUUUCGUCACUGUAUGUGCAUUUUGAGAUCGGAAAAUCACGAUGAACACCGCUUCUCGAUAUACAGAUGUCAAGUAAGAGGGCUUACAUUUGAAUUGGGGUUUAACAUUGUUGAUAUUCACCGCGUAUAUUAAAAAAUGUUAGAAUAAUUCAAUAAUAUAAAACAAUACUGAAAUUGGGAGAUUAUGUAGCAUCAGAAAUAUAUAGAGAAAUUAAGCAUAUUGCAACGAAGAUAAAAUUGUGUUAUCAAGAACAAUUGGCACGACAAACUAUUGGAAAAAUAUGGGCAAAGU